AUGGAGAAAAAUUCUGAAAAUACAUUAAAAGAUGGGCUACCUGAACUCAUGAUGUCCAUGAAAAAUCCUGAGGAUGGAUAUCCAUUGGUCAACAGUUCGAGGAUGCCAGAAGAAGCCCAAGAUCAAGGCCAAUUUCAGUCUAAUUUUCCCACAGACCAGGAAUUUGAGGAUAUGCUGAACUUUUUACCAAGCAGAUCUCUGAGAAAUGGCCUUAAAAAUGAGUUUUUAAAGAAAGCACAUGUAAAUGUUGAUCAGAGUGCUGCAGAAGGAAUGGAAAAUAAUUCAUCAUUGACUACUCUUUAUGAUAAUAAUAGGAGCAACUUCAGAUUGUCUAAUGGGUGUAACUUUGAAUCUGACAUGCCUUCAGAGAAGAGGGAGAAUUCAAAAAUAAGGAAUCGUAGGAAACCCCAGCACAGUAUGUCCAAAACAGAACUCUACGAUGACAGUUUUAAAGAUGAUUUAGAGAAAAUGUUGAAUGAAGAAGUAGCAGAGCUUGAGAAGGACAAAAUGAAUCAUAGCAAUAAUUCUGAAGAGGAAGAUACAAGUGUCCAUGUUGGGAGAUACAUGCAGAGAAUAAAACCCGAUUAUUUUCAGGUUUCUCAGAGCACCAAUAUUGUGAAUGAAAUUAUGAACACUGAUCAUACUGAUGAAGAAUCGAUUCAGAAAUCUGGGUAUCAGUGUAAAUACUGCCAUCUUCUGUUGUAUGAUUUGGAAUUGUUCAUGAACCAUGUGAUGACUCAUCAAACUGAAUAUGAAAAUCUUGAUGAUGGAAGAUCAUCAAAUCAGGUGGAUGAGACCCUACAUCAUAUCAAAGUGAACCAAACAGAUUUUGACUCAGUUCAUAUUGGUGAUAUUUCUGAAAGAAAUAGCAAUUUGUUACCAAACCCAAAACAAGAGGACUCAGAAAACAUGGCUAGAGUGGAAGAAACAAAAUUGUCUGAAAUGAAAGAGUUUAAUAUUGGGAGCUUUGUGAAGAAUUUGAUUCUUAGUGAACAUACAAAAGGUAAAAGGGGAAGAAAAAGGAAAGACCAGUCAUCCUCCGAGGGUUUAUAUGGGUCUCCUGUUAAGUGUCCAGUUUGUUUUAAAGCAUUCAAAACAAAAAACAAUUUAAAAACUCACAUGUGCAAAUUUCACAGUGACAGAAAAGACAAAAUUCAGGAAUUCUUUGGACAGGGGGAGAAAAUGAAAGAAAAAGCUGUUUGCUGUUUGUGCGGUAAAUGCUUUAUUUCGAAAUAUGCCCUUAUGAGACACAUGGACACUCGGCAUGCAAAUGAGGCCUAUGUAAAAUGCAGUGUGUGUGAUGAGGUUUUUGAAAAUGACAAAUUGCUCUCAGAGCAUGCAAAUAUACAUAAUCAAGACAGAAAUGAGAGAAGGGAAUUGACUUAUUCAUCUCCAGAACCAAAUGACUCCAGUGAAACCAAAAGAAAUCCAGAAAACUAUUUUCAAAACAAGCCUAAUGAAUAUCACAUGGACCAAAGCUGCAUAAUUUCUUCACCGGAAAUCCAAAACCAUGUAACUCCUCUCAACAAUCAUGCUCAAGAAAACCAGCAACAAGAAGAAAACCAUUCCCUGGGCACAAAUCAUGACCAUUCAGAUCAGAUAGAAUCAGCAAGAAAGUGCGAAAACAGUGAAGAAGAAAAACCAACUUCUCAUUACUUUCAAAGUGAUUCUGACAGAGCGAAUGAAGACAAUUUGAAACCCACAGGCAUUAACUGUAAUGUCUGCUGGCUGCCUUUUGAUUCUCUGGGGAAGUUUGCCCUUCACUGCAUGGCAUCGAGUGAGUGCUUGAAUUGUAAACAGUGUCCUGUGUGCCAAAAAGUCAUCAAUUCCAGUCUGAAAGAGCACCUCAAAUCUCACUCAGAUGACCGACCAUAUCAGUGUGAAAUCUGCCAGGCUAGCUUUAAGAGAAAUCACCAGAUGAAGCUUCACAAGCAAACAGUUCAUUCAGACCUCAGACUUUAUCAUUGUGAACUGUGUGACAAAUCCUUCAAGCGAAGGGACAAACUAACAUGCCACUACAGGACUCAUUCUGAUGAACACCCAUUCAUGUGCACAGAAUGUGGAAGUGUCUUCAAAUGGAAACACCACCUUAAACGACACAAAGACAAUGUCCAUGCAGAUAAAGCCACACAAUUGAAGGCUAGGAAGUUUCCUUGUGAUAUCUGUGGGAAUUGUUUUAAAUGGCGACACCACCUUAAGAGGCAUUUGAGGAACGUGCAUCACAUGACUGAUGAUUCUUGGGAUCCGGAUGAUAGCAAAACAUCCCUGGAUCUUAGUCGUGGUGAGAAUGAAAGCAUGGAUUUAACAAAUACAGUGAAUAAUUUUAAUAUGGAAUCAGAUGAUGAAAAUAUUGAUGAAUCAUAGUCAAGAUCAUAUAUGAAGUGAUAUGAAUUGGUUGAAAUAACCCUCUGCUGGCUAAAUUGAAUCUUUUUUCCUAAACUGCGAUAAUUUACUAACAGAUGUGGUUAAAAUAAAAUUCAAGCAAACUUAAUAUACCAAAUAAGGUGAAAUUGAGACAAAUUAUAAUAUAUAUUGUAGUUUAAGAUGAAACAUUUCUAGUGGAAACAGCAAUUUAUCCAUUUCAGAGUUAUCUCUUUUAGCACAGGGUCACAUUACCUGAAGCAUGAUAAGCAAGAAUGUUAUGUGGAAAGGAUAAUUACAGUCAAACUUCGUUAUCUCGAACUCGAUGGAAAAACUUUGAGGUAUCCGAGGAUUCGAGAUAUCCAGGGUAAAAUACUUAAAGAAUAAGGGCUUUGGUCUUCCAAAUCACUUCACAUGGUAUUCGAGAUAUCAGUGUUCGAGAUACCGAAGUUCAACUGUAUUUUGAAAGAGAUAAAAGUAAUACUGCUGGGAAAAGAAAAAAGGGACUAGAAGAUUUUCCUGAAAUU